AAAGUCGUGGCCUGGUGGGUUUCUUCUCCCUCCCAUCGCACAACUCCAGGUAUCGGCUGCAUCAUCUGGGCUGCCGCGGGCGCCUGGCAGCAGCACGGCUGGACCUCUGGCAUCGCCAUCGCUGCUCAUCAACUAGAAAUGAUAACUAGGGGUAAAAGAAAUCGAAUUAUCCAGAGCCAAGAUGAAUAUUUGUCAGAGGAGCAUACUGAGCAAGAGAGAAUUCCUCAACAAGACAUUGGUUCUUCUGAACUCCAACUGGGUGUUGGAGAAAACUUUUCAGAUGGUGAUGAUGAUGUUGAGAUUAAUGUCCAAGAGGAGAAUGGUGAAAGAGGAAGGCGUGGGAGGAACAAACUGAAAGAUAUUUGGGGCCUUCCCAAAGGUCUCAGAAUUGUUGUAGCCUGUAAUGACCUCGAUCAGCCAAUUGGAGAUGAAGCUGGUGUUCUAGGCAAAUUUCUUGGCAUAGUUGCUAGGAAUGGUUGCUUGUGUAGCUUGAGCUACAGGGACUGGAGACUGCUAAUAGGAAAGAGAGAAAGAAAUAGCAAUGAACAAAAAAAUAAGAUGGAUAUACUAAAGCAAGUGAAGUGGAUACUACGAACUAUUGGAGAGAGAUGGAGGCAGCAUAAGUCAAAUCUGAAGUCACUCUAUUUUGAUGUGAAUAAGAGUCUGGAAGUUAAUUGCAGCAAUUGUCCAGAAGGUGUUGUUAUUAAGGAUCAGUGGAUUGCACUUGUAAACAAUUGGAUGACCCCAAAGGCAAAGGAAAUAAGUGAGACAAACAGGACAAAUUGCGCAAAGAACAAGUCGACGCAUACAGCUGGAACAAAAAGCUUUGCUCGGAACAGAGAAGAGCUGAGGCAAAGAGAUCCUGAAAAGAAGGUCCCUCACAGAGCCGUUGUGUUCAUCCAUACACACCAGCCCAAAAGUGACAAGAAUAUAAAUGGACAUGUGGGCGAACUGAAGGAGCUUUUAGAAGAGCAGCCAGAUUUAGCGGACACUAGUCAGGGAAAGAUUGCUUGGAAAGGAGAUGCAUUGAAUCAGAUAUUAGGAGAAGAAAAGCAAGGCCGUGUUCAUGGUUUGGGCCUAGUUCCAAAUCCAAAUAAAGUGUUUGACCUAUCAAAUUCACGGCGCUUUAAGAACAUAAAUCUAACUUCAUUGGAUCCGACAUCAAGUGAAGAUGUUCAAUCCCUCAGACUUCAACUGGAAAAGGUCCAAAAGCAUGUCCAGAAUCAAGAUGCUACUAUCAUUCAAUUGAAACAAAAAACAAUAUCUUUGGAAGAAAGACAAGUAGAUCAGAGGAGCUUAGAUGAUUAUGUGCAUACAGCUCAAGAAACUAUCUAUGUUGAUGGGCCAAAUUCGAAUAGAAAAAGGUGGCAAAGUGAUGAUGAAUAUGAGGAUUUACAGCGGCCAAACAAAUAUUCUACUGCACUCAAGGCCAGGGCUUCACAUUUUCAAGAUGUUAGCUUGGACAAAAACAAGAAUACUAAUACCUACAAGGUUGCAGACUUGGAAACACCUUCAUUUUGCUCAAAUCGUGAAGGUUCUCAUUACCAGGGAAAUAAUACCUCAAAAAGAGCCUAUGCAGCCAAGCAUGCUACUAAACAACAGCAUGGGACAAGCUCUAGAUUACCAACCAAUUCAAUGGCGGCCGGCACUGCAGUGUUUUUGAAGAGCUUGAAAAGUCAAAGUAAAAAAGUUGCCGUUGCUACUGUCCAAAGUUGUGAUCCAACACAGAAACUUGAUGGUGUUGCCAUAGGAAAUCAAUUUUGGUUAGUUCGUGUCAGUAUUGUUAUAGCAGAUGAUGAAGUAUUGGUACGGCCAUAUAAAAACUACAAGUUUAUGGGUGAUGCACUAGGAGCCCAUAUUGCUUGGCCUGCAACUUUGAUUGAAAAGGCAAAUUGGUGAUACUGUUGAUGACGAGUUGGAUGCAAGGUGGAGAGUGCCGGCAAUUUCAGAGACUAACAAAUUUAGUAGUUAACCCAUAGGAAAUGUUGUUUAUGUUGAAUUUCUAUCAUGAAACCUAUUUGGAUAUUGUA